UCAGUCUCACACUCACAGUCACUCUGCUGCAGACGGGAGCCGGCUCUGCAGCGCAGCGAGAGAUCGAGAGAGGGAGAGAGAGAGAGAGAGAGAGAGAGAGAGAUUCUCUGGGCCCAGACAAAGACAGACAGGCAUCCUGCUAUGGAUUAAGAGGACCUGACAUACAGCUGGAUUGUGGAGUCUUACAGAGAGAGAGAGAGAAAGAGAGUUGUUUUGUGCAGGAGAGGCGUGUGUUUUGUGUGGGGUGUUGUUUGUGUGUGUUGUGAGACAACGUGUGCUGUGUCUGUAUAUGUGUCUGAGUGUGUCCUGCAUCUGUGUGAGAGUCAGUGUGUGCAUCAGUCCCUGUGUGUGUGUGUUUAUCCUGCACAUACUACCAGGCAUAGAGUGGGUCUCUCUUGCUCGGUGUCCCCCCGCGUGGGCUCUCCUCCUGGGUGUUGCUAGACAUACAACUCCCCCGGGCUGGUUCUAGGUCUGGCCGUAUGACCAGGGAAGGAAAGCCAGUCCAGAGAACCAACAGGACAUCACAGACCAGGCACAGUUUCUUCAGAUGACACCUGGCAUACCUCUACCACCACCACCAUGGAGGUAUCUUACCUAGACAUGAUAUACCUCUACCACCAUCAGCCAGGCUGCAAUACAAAAACGAAGAUACUGAAAGUUCACUCCUGAUCACUUGCCAUUUGCUAGUUUUUUUGUAUGUUCAUACUGCCUUUGUGGCUUGAACCGGGAUUGGGUGUACAUUAACUUGCCUGACAGCUUUACUGUACACAUUGAAAAUAUCCAUUGCAGGAAGAAUGUGGUUUAGAUAUUUUUGGAGAGAAGCGCAGCUCUCCCUAGCAACUCUAUCCGUCUGACUGGUCGGGUUUUUCUCUCCACCCGUUCGGUCCACCCAUCCAUCAGGGAGCGAGAGAACAUUAAUCAAGCUGUUGACGCUAAGAGGAUCAAUAACAUGAGCAGUUAGCUAUGACCCCUGGCUGACCAUGAGCAGUUAGCUACCAUCCCUGGGCCUCCACGGAUCAUUGACAUCACAGGAGGUUGUGAUCAACCAGGAAGAGAAAAGCUGACCUGCAGUUUUCUUGACAUGGCACCAACGUGGAAAAUGACCCGUGGAUUUAGGGUUAGAGCGGAAUCCUCACCUUUCACUUGGAGGAAAAGGAACGUUGUUCCUCCAAUCAGAUAAUGCCUCAAAAAGUGUUCAUUUCCUUGGGUGGAUGAGAGGGAUGAAGUGAUUGAGGAAGAGAUAGCGACUGAGAGAGAGAGGAGAGGUAGAAUUCUCUGGUGGGAAUCCAGUGAUGAGACGUUCACGAUGAAGACCACGGCAAUGUGCCGGAAUGAGUUUGAUGUCCUAGUUGGAAGUCUUCCCAGGAAAAGGAGAGACAGAUGUUCUCCUUUUGUUUUUCUAUUGCAGAAUAUCCUUCUAACAGUUAAAGAGAGAGACAGGGGAUUUCCUGACUUGACUGGUUUCUGGUAGACUUUUCUGUGGAGUUUGUUUUUCAGGAGGGUAUUGAAAGAUCCUUACAUGCCUGAGUAUUGACACAUUCGCCUUAACCACUGAACCCUGGACAAAUAUUUACCAUGGUGUUGUGCCACUGGGCACAGACGUCAGUUCAACGUGUAGUUUUUAUUUACAUUUGGCUGAGUUGUCAAUUAUUGUAAAUUCAACAUGAAAUCAACAAAAAAAUAUCACCAUGACAAUGGAUUAAGGUUAAAGGUGAAGAAAAGCCCUUACGGUGAUGACUCUCAUCCAGUGAGUUUUCCAUGUUAAUUCAACGUCAUCACAUAUAUUUUUGGGGUUGAAAUAAUGUGGAAACAACGUUGAUUCAGCCAGUUGUUGCCCAGUGGGGUAGUUCUAACCCCCGGCAUAAACCAGUUCACCAAAUAUCAUUUGGACAAAUGUCACCCUCCCCAGCCAAAUCGAAACCCUGCUUCACAUUGAGAAGCCAUCGAAUUUGACUUUCAAAAACAUGAAAAAGAGGGGAGAGAACCAAAUGGUGAGAGACCAUGUUUGUGGGAUUCUAGUCUUUUAUUUUAACCUGUGAGUGACAAAUACUGUAGCAAAACGAGCACACACCUCUAGCUUAAAUGAAGGCGGGUCGCUCUCAGGCGGGACGGGAGAAGAAAAUGAUGCACGUGAACAACUUCCCCUUCAGGAGGCAUUCCUGGAUCUGCUUCGAUGUUGACAAUGGCACAUCAUCGGGACGCAGCCCCCUGGACCCCAUGGCCAGUCCAGGGUCAGGGCUCAUCCUGCAGGCCAACUUUGUCCACAGUCAGCGGAGAGAGUCCUUCCUCUACCGCUCGGACUCGGACUACGACCUGUCACCCAAGUCCAUGUCCAGAAACUCCUCAAUCGCCAGCGACAUGAAUAACCACCUGCAGAGGCCAGGCCUGACCUCGCGACGGUCUGAGCCCGUCAUUAGUGGAAACCAUGGCGACGACUUGAUAGUCACACCAUUUGCACAGGUACUGGCUAGUUUGAGAACGGUACGGAAUAACUUUGCUGCACUAACCAACUUGCAACAAGACAGAGCCUCAAACAAGCGGUCCCCUAUGUGUAACCAACAACCACCCAUCACCAAGUCCUCUUUCUCAGAGGAGGCCUACCAGAAGCUGGCCACAGAGACGCUGGAGGAGCUGGACUGGUGCCUGGACCAGCUGGAGACCCUGCAGACCAGACACUCUGUCAGCGAGAUGGCCUCCACCAAGUUCAAGAGGAUGUUGAACAGGGAGCUGUCUCACCUGUCUGAGAUGAGUCGCUCAGGGAACCAGGUCUCUGAGUUCAUCUCCAGCACCUUCUUAGACAAGCAGCAUGACGUGGAGAUGCCAUGUCCACAGACGCAGAAAGAGAGGACGGACAAGAAGAACGCCAAGCCCAUGUGUCAGAUCAGUGGAGUGAAGAAGCUGCAGCACAGCACUAGCCUCUCCAACUCUAAUAUACCUCGUUUCGGGGUCAAGACCGACACAGAGGACCAACUGGCUACGGAGCUUGAGGACCUCAAUAAAUGGGGCCUUAAUCUUUUUAAAGUCACCGAGCUUUCAGGAAACCGGCCUUUAACAGUCAUGAUGUACACAAUUUUCCAGGAAAGAGAUUUAUUAAAAACAUUCAAAAUACCAUUAGACACCUUUAUAACCUACCUGAUGACUCUAGAAGACCAUUACCACGGCGAUGUAGCCUAUCACAAUAACAUCCAUGCUGCUGAUGUCACCCAGUCCACUCACGUGCUGCUGUCCACGCCUGCUCUAGAGGCUGUGUUCACAGACCUGGAAAUCCUAGCUGCCAUCUUUGCCAGUGCUAUUCAUGACGUCGACCACCCUGGGGUCUCCAACCAGUUUCUCAUCAGCACCAACUCGGAGCUGGCCCUCAUGUACAAUGACUCGUCAGUCCUAGAGAACCACCACCUGGCUGUAGGCUUCAAGCUGCUUCAGGAAGAGAACUGUGACAUCUUCCAGAACCUGACCAAGAAACAACGGCAGUCCCUCAGGAAGAUGGUCAUAGACAUGGUACUAGCUACUGACAUGUCCAAGCACAUGAAUCUCCUAGCUGACCUGAAGACCAUGGUGGAGACGAAGAAAGUCACCAGCUCUGGAGUGCUACUACUAGAUAACUACAACGACAGAAUACAGGUCCUCCAGAACAUGGUGCAUUGUGCGGAUCUCAGUAACCCCACCAAGCCCCUGCAGCUGUACCGCCAGUGGACCGACCGCAUUAUGGAAGAGUUCUUCAGCCAGGGGGACAGGGAGAGGGAGAGAGGCAUGGAGAUUAGCCCUAUGUGUGACAAACACAAUGCCUCUGUACAGAAGAGCCAGGUGGGGUUCAUCGACUACAUCGUCCACCCUCUGUGGGAGACCUGGGCUGAUCUGGUGCACCCUGACGCUCAGGACAUCCUGGACACUCUGGAGGACAACAGGGAGUGGUACCAGAGCAUCAUCCCCCAGAGCCCCUCGCCCGCCCCGGACGAAGCCGACGACGGCAGCGGACGUCCCCCCGGAGGGGACAAGUUCCAGUUCGAGCUCACCCUGGAAGAGGACGGAGAGUCGGACACGGAGAAAGACAGUGGAAGUCAACCAGAAGAAGACGAGGAGAAUAGUUGUAACUCGAAAACGCUCUGCACGCAGGACUCGGAAUCCACAGAGAUCCCGUUGGACGAGCAGCCGGAAGAGGAGGUGGAGGAGGAGGAGGAGGUGGUAGUGGUGGAGGAGGAGGAGGGUGAAGGGGUACACAGGGAACCAAGUAUGGCAGAGUUGGAGGAGGAGGAUGAGGAGGGAGAGGAGGAAGGGGAGGAGGGCGAGGAGAAGCAAAGAGCGGCCGAUACAUAGCAGCAGUAGAAACUGCGCGGAUUGCCAAACUGCGAGAGAGAGACUGUUGCGUUACAACGGCGAAUCAAGGGACGAGGUGAAUACUAGUAAUCGCCACAAUGUUGGUGAUGUGGCAUCAUCGAGAGUUCCAAAGCGCACGUUGCACUCCUCAAUCCCAGUCUUCUCCUCACUCCACUCCACCUGGAGGCGAUAUGGGGGAACAGACCCACACCUCCCCUCCCCCAAGACUCCCUCCCUUGGAGCGCCACACUUUUACACUCAGGAAUAUUUUAGUUGACUUUCUUGCCUCCUUUUUUGUUUACCUUCUGGUUCAUUCGGCCUAUAGGGAGCGAGGUGACGCCUUCAGUUCAAAGGCCAAUCUCCACCUCCCACCUCUCCUCUAUCUCCUACCACUUCCUGUCAACGCAGGAAGCAAACAGAAAGUGUUCUUUGACUCCAAGACUGAGCACAUGGGCAACACACAAGAUGCUUGGAACAGUCCUAACUGUAGCAUCAUGGGAGGACAGCCAGAUGGGGGAAAGAUGGAUUGCAAGGUGACCUCUGAACUGCAAGGUGACCCCAGUCCACUAAUACCAUCUGAAAACCAAUGAGGGAUAUUAUAGGGAGAGACGGACAAAGACAUACUUUGCAAGAGGAUUUCAAAGAGACCUUUUUUUCUAAAGUUCAAGUCUUCCUUGAAACAAGACUGGUAGAAAACGCUGUUUUUGACCUCCUCAGUUUUUGUAUUGUAGUAAAACUGAAAUCUUUUUGUAGAUAACUUUUGUUAAUGGAGAGAGAGAGAGAGAGAGAUAGAGAGCGAGAGAGAGAGAGAAAAGAGCGGAGGAAGAUGUUCAAUUCAUAUCUUCUUCGUCAUAUAUUGCAUCCAUUGAAACUUGAUAUUUUUUUUUUAGAAGAGAUAUGUUAUGCCAUAACAUAAUGCCUGUGGUCUUUCUGGGAAUGUGUGCUUGUCCUGAGUGCAUGUGACUAAGCUCUCUGCACUCAGUCUGCUUUCUUUUCUGCUUUCUUUUGCUCUCCUUCAUCUUCACUCCCAGGUAUUUCAGAUAGGGGCAUCUUAGAUGAACAUGCGUGGUUUUCUGUUUGAGAGCGUUGGGGUUCUAACUUUAAUCUUCACUCACAGGUAUUUCAGAUAGGGGCAUCUUAGAUGAACAUGCGUGGUUCUCUGUUUGAGAGCGUUGGGGUUCUAACUUUAAUCUUCACUCCCAGGUAUUUCAGAUAGGGGCAUCUUAGAUGAACAUGCGUGGUUCUCUGUUUGAGAGCGUUGGGGUUCUAACUUUAAUCUUCACUCCCAGGUAUUUCAGAUAGGGGCAUCUUAGAUGAACAUGCGUGGUUUUCUGUUUGAGAGCGUUGGGGUUCUAACUUUAAUCUUCACUCCCAGGUAUUUCAGAUAGGGGCAUCUUAGAUGAACAUGCGUGGUUUUCUGUUUGAGAGCGUUGGGGUUCUAACUUUAAUCUUCACUCCCAGGUAUUUCAGAUAGGGGCAUCUUAGAUGAACAUGCGUGGUUCUCUGUUUGAGAGCGUUGGGGUUCUAACUUUCUUGCAGCUUUAAAUGUACCACCUCUUUUUAUUUUUCAAAGUAGAAUGAAGCCGGUUAACUAAUGACCUUAAGAACAUAAUAAUGGUAUAUAAUAUACUUAGGCCAUGUUUCCAUUUAAAUAUGACAUGGUAGGUCUUGUUAACAUCCUGAGUAUGUAGUGAUUUAGUUCUAUCCAACCAAAUAUACUAUCCAAAUAGACUCUCCAGUCUAUCUACACAUUGUUAAAUCUGUUUAUACAUCGGUGGUACAUUUUUCUCAACUGUUAAGGAUUAUGAAUAACCUUCAGUUAGCUUCCAUAAACACUCAUCAGUUAUCAGUGAUAUCUGUAACACUUUAGCUUAUAGUCACAUGGCUAUAUCUUCUAUAUUUCAUCAUUUCAAAACUGUAUUCAUCUGAAGUACAAAGGGACUUGAGCUAAUGAUAAAACUGAUGUUGUUUUACACCAAACAAACAACAAGGUUGUAUUCAUGUACACUCUAUAUGUAUGGAAAUAUUUGUCACAUGAAAAUAGUGACUGUAUUCUAAAGUGUUCCGACUCAUGUAUACCUGGUUGUGUUGUAUGGGCUCUGGAUCUGACCCUUUGUGUUGUAAUACAUGGAUAUCCCACGUCUCUCUUCAAUUUGCCUAUUUCAACUGUCUAGCAUCCAUCCAAUAAUGAUUACUAAAAUGACAAACACUUUGACAAUAUUUGCCUUUGUUCUUUUUCAUUAUUAUUAUUAUUUUGUCUUAUUGAAUUUCACAUUGGACAUUGAGAAUCACCUGCAUAGUUUUAAAAUCUACCUUUCACAUUUGAGUAGUUCAUAGGUAUGUGUGUAUAUGUAUAUAACUGUACUGCUAGCAUCAAAACCAUUAACAGACUCUUCCAUACAUGUCAUGCCUCAUAUGAGGACACAAUCCCAUAUAAUCCAUGGUAUUCAGGAAAUAAUUCCACUAAAUUGAAGUAGUAGGACAGUAAUUGCAGAUGCUUUAUGAUUUAGAUUUCAUUUUGCAAUAUAUUUGGCAUUUUCAGGGGAAGGACUAGAUAUGGAUGACUUGUCAUUUCAAACCCGAUAUUGCUUUUUUAUUUUUGCCAAAACAACUUCUCCUUCUUCUUCUUCUUCUUCUUCUUCUCCUUCUUCUCCCCUGCUGGACUUGCACAAUGCAGCACACACCAUUAAGUCAAGUGGUUUCUGUGUUGGUUUUUAAUAUUUCUUUAUUUAUAUUUAUUGAUUUGGUAACACUGUCUUUGAGUCACAUGUAGUAAUGCAUUAUGAAGCCUCAUAAAGGCUAUUUAAGGAGUUGUGAGCUGUUAUGAAUGCUUAUAAAAAAUACAUGUUUUAUUAAACCUUUAUUUAACCAGGAAAAGCCCAUUAUUAUAGUCUAUUAUGGGCGUGAAAGAAGGCUCUAUGAAUGCAUCAUAUAGACACAGGUGGUUAAUAGUGUUGCCAUGGAUUCUUUGUUUUUGUCACAGUUUGGCCAUCCUAAGUAAGACAGCACUGUAGAAUGCACAACCUGUAGCGUAACAACAUGAUGUGGACUCGCAAAACACACUAUUUGUUCCUGUUCUGGUGAUAUGAUGUAAGUAGACCAUAGAAAUAGAAUGACUACAAUAGUCACUCUAUAGCCAUAUUUCUAUGCUUCUAAUCAACACUUUUGUCAUACAUGGGGAAACAUGUCCACAUUGAAAAGACUUGAACCUGGAUUUUAAAGUAAAAAUGUUAAUAUUUUAUUAUUGGAUAAUGGUAUAUUUCUUUACAAUUUAAUUUCUCGGCCAUCUUUUUGUGUUUUUUUUGCUUGCCUCACCGGACGACCUUACCUGUUAAUGGAUUUUUCUCAUUUGUCUUUUGUUUACAACCAUGUAUUUAUUAAGCUGUACAUAUUGUAGUGUUGCAUUCUGUAAAUGACGGAUUCUUACUCUAUCAUCCGAUGGUGUUGGUGUAUUUGGAAAACCUCUUGUUGAGAGAAUGUUUAUUAUGAUCCAUACUUAACCCAAUGUAUAAAUCUCUUCUGUACAAGAAUGAUAAAAGUGAAUGAAAUUAUA